UCAAGACGAUCAACAGAACGUGCACAAAUAUCGACCAUGCAGUUGGAUGUCUUGUUUCGGUUGUUCGGGAUUCUCCUUUGCAGUUCUUGCAUAGUAGAAGGGUGGUUUUUCGGGAAAUCCUACGCCGAUAAGGUGAAUGACUUAUUUAAGAGUCAUUUCAAUAACGAAGACAAUACAUGUUGGAAAACCGCUCAAGUUAAGGCAGAUAAAUCCACAGAUGGCGAAGAUGAGAAAAUGGCAAUAGCUCUGAUCAACGUAUACACACAAGAAUGCAAAGAGUUCAAUUCCUUCAAAGAAAAAUCUUUUUAUGCUGAACUGAAUGAACAACUUCGAUCCAAAACAAGGGAUACAGUUUGGUUGGACACAGAAAACCUGCUGAAUAAAGGGUUGGAAAUUAUAGGCCUUGAAAAGUCACCUAAACUUUACAGAGCUUGUCACUGUAACGAUAUUCAAAAAGGAUCCACCUUCACGGUCAAUGACUUCUGGAGUACAUCAAAGGUUGCAAGCGCGGCAAACGGUUUCCUAACUAAGGAAAAGGUGUUUUUCGUGAUUACAGCAGCUUCACGCGGGGCAUAUAUAGUUGAUUAUUCAGCUGCCCAAUGGGAAAAAGAAGUUCUACUGCAAUCGAAACAAACAUUCUAUGUUAAGGAAUAUGUUGUAGAUAAGGAAGGAAUAGAUGCCAAGCGAGCUGGAGAAAACGGCGUAUCGAGGGACAUGAAGGCGUUUGCAGUCGUGACAGGCGAUAUUUCUUCAGGGGCUUCCAAAUCAGGCUCUUGUGAUUGCUCGACCAGCACGAAAUCUGACCCUUUGACGCCUGCAUCGGCUGCUUCAAUGAUUUCACCCUUCUUUAGUGCCUUGUUUUUCACUACCUUCAUACUUGUUUAGUAGAUUAACAAACAAGUAACAGUGUUAUUAAAAACUAAUUUUGCAACACUUAUUCAGACAUGACGAAUGCAAAUUCUGUGGAAUAAAAGUCGAUAAAAAAUAACAAACAUCUAUUUGUUAAUGUGUAGGUACAUUUUUAUCAAAAUGCAUUUAAAAGCUUUUUGUAUUAUAGUUUGUUUGUUAGCUUUUUAUCUCAAAGCGUAAAAUAGUUUGUAACUACUUGGGAUUUUGACAAUAGAUCUAACGGUUUUAUGUUUUGAUUAUGCAAAUAAUGAUUUACAUUAUUAAAUAUUCACGAGAUCCAAUAAAUGUUGAACCUAAUGGGACUAGUGCGGUCCAAUUAACAUUUCAUUUCUAAUGCUCUUAAAAAUGGUUUUCCUCGUUUGAUGUUUGGUCUGAUUUAACAAUUCCAGAAUUCACUUGGUAAAAUGAAACUUCAUCUACGUUGACAUUGCUCCAGUUUUAAUUAAGUUAACAAAAUUUGAUUUGAGACGGUUCAGUGAUGUUUUUUCAGAUCGCAGUGCUACAAUCCAUUAAUUAUUAUCAAAGUUUCAGUUUCUGCCUUUUACUUUACUUUAUUUUCACACUGACCAGUACCUCAGUACAGUUUUCACCUUAUUCCCUCUUGGGAUUUCUGGCAUAGCUUCGUAAUUAUUCACUGCUAAUACAUCUUUAUUUAACGAUCAAUAAUACAAUUGAAACGAUAGGUACAAGCCCAGUAGUAUAAAAUUUCAAACGAUUUUAGAGGCACAAACCAGACUACAAAUAUAUCAAAAUAAAUUUAUUUACACAUAAUUGGGUUACCGAUUUAGAACGGUAAUAUUCAACCAUUGUUCAAUUGAAACUAUAAUGUCAUACACAACUACAUUCAUUCGCAACAAUUCUUGAGUACAUCGCAAUGUAACAAUGAUGACAAAACUGAUAAUUAGCUUAGAAAUGUAGAAAUGUAGAAAAUUAUUUAUGUAAAUAAUUCGAAGUUGAUUUCUUUCUUUUUAUUUCUGAUCGGAAAACAGUGUCUUGUGUUACAUCUGCUGUAUUAAAAAAUCGUUUGAUAUUUUAGUUCUUUACUCAAAAGAAAAACUACACAACUAUUUGUUUUGGUUUAAAAUAAAUGUUGUGGCAUUGCUUAUAUUGAUUGUAAUACAUUAUAGAUUGUAUCGAUUGUAAUAAAAUUGUAAACUUGG